UGCACCCUGAGAGGCCGUCCUUGGUUGCUGGGAGCCCUUGUGCCGGGCCUUCUCUCCCUGUUGACUUCCAGAAACAAGCUGCUGUCUGGGAGGCAGAAGAUGCCCCACUCCAGUCUGCAUCCAUCCAUCCCACGGCCCAGGGGUCACAGGGCCCAGAAGGCAGCCUUGGUCCUGCUAGGUGCCUGCCUGGUGGCCCUUUGGGGGCUGGGGGAGCUGCCAGACUACACUCUCCAGUGGCUGGUGCUCCACCUGGCCUCCCAGCAGAUGGGACUGCUGAUCAAGGGGGUCUGCAGUCUGGCCGAGGAGCUGUGCCACGUCCACUCCAGGUACCAAGGCAACUACUGGAAGGCUGUGCGGGCCUGCCUGGGCUGCCCCAUGCGCUGUGGGGCCCUGCUGCUGCUGUCCUGCUAUUUCUACUGCUCCCUCCCAAACGUGGAUGGCCUGCCCUUCACUUGGAUGCUUGCUCUCCUGGGGCUCUCACAGGCACUUAACAUCCUCCUGGGCCUCCAGGGCCUGGCCCCAGCAGAGAUCUCUGCAAUCUGUGAAAAAAGGAACUUCAAUGUGGCUCAUGGGCUGGCCUGGUCAUAUUAUAUUGGGUACCUGCGGCUGAUCCUGCCAGGGCUCCAGGCCCGGAUCCAAAUUUACAAUCAGUUCCACAACAAUGUGCUACGGGGUGCAGGAAGCCACCGGCUGCACAUCCUCUUCCCGUUGGACUGUGGGGUGCCUGACGACCUGAGCGUGGCUGACCCUAACAUUCGCUUCCUACACAAGCUGCCCCAGCAAAGUGCUGACCGUGCUGGCAUCAAGGGCCGGGUUUACACCAACAGCAUCUAUGAGCUUCUGGAGGAUGGGCAGCUGGCAGGCAUCUGUAUCCUGGAAUAUGCCACCCCCUUGCAGACCCUGUUUGCUAUGUCACAGGAUGGCCGAGCUGGCUUUAGCCGGGAGGACCGGCUUGAACAGGCCAAACUCUUCUGCCGGACACUUGAAGACAUUCUGGCAGCUGCCCCUGAGUCUCAGAACAACUGCCACCUCAUUGUCUACCAGGAACCCGCAGAGGGAAGCAGCUUCUCCUUGUCACAGGAGAUUCUCCAGCACCUUCGGCAGGAGGCAAGGGAGGUUACCAUGGGCAGCGUGGGGACCUCGGUGAUGCCCGUUCCCUCCACACUGUCCCAAGAGCCUGAGCUCCUCAUCAGUGGCAUGGAAGAGCCUCUCCCGCUCCGCUCAGAUGUCUUCUGAGGCCCAGGGUCACCUUCCCUGAGCCCCUGGUCAUCCCCAAGACUCUGGAUUGGAGGAUUUCUUUCUUCAGCAGCUAGAUGCCUAGCAGAGCCAUUUCCUCCCAUAGGGGGCCUCUCAGAGAAGGUCCCUGAGUUUGACAUCUCAAGAUGAAUCUUAUGACCUUGGGCAAGUUGUUUCACCUCUCUGAGCCUCAGUGUCCUCAUCUAUGAAAUGGGAUUAUAAUCAUUGCCCUACCUACCUCACAGGGUAGUUUUUGUGAGGACUAUGGCUGUAUGGGUUUUCUGUAAACUCUAAAUGCCAG